AUGACCGUUGACAUAAUCCCACAAUUGGAAAUCCCCAAAGAAAUCCCGUUGGGAGAAUAUUUGUUUCUCAGAAUUGCUCAGGCCAAUCCUAAGUUAAGAUCAAUUUUUGGUGUUGCAGGUGAUUAUAGCUUGAAUUUAUUGGAACACUUGUACGCAAAAACCGUCCAGAAGCAGAAUAUCAAUUUUGUUGGUUUAUGCAAUGAGCUCAACUCUGCUUACGUUGCCAAUGGAUAUAGCAUAGCGAUUGGUGGAUUAGCAGUCUUGAUUACCACCUUCGGCGUCGGAGAGCUCUCUGCAAUUAACGGAAUUGCUUCGUCCUUCAGUGAGUAUAUUCCUAUUUUACAUAUAGUUGGAAUCUCCUCCAGAGCACAGAGGAAAUAUGCUGCUGAUCCAAAAAACCCUGUUAAGAACUUUCAUCAUUUAAUUCAGAACAAAAACCAGUUAUUAGCACCUAACCACAAUGUGUAUCAGGAAAUGAGCACCGAUGUCAGUGUUGUGCAAGAAAUCUUGGAAUCCAAUGAUGAGAAAGCUUUGGAUCAAAUAGAUAGAGUAUUGCAUGAAAUUCUCCAGAAUUCUAGACCAGGCUAUUUGUUUAUUCCGGCAGAUCUCCCUGAUUUUUAUGUUAGCACCGUCAGGCUAUUUGAAAAGCUGGACUUCUAUGGCCAUCAGAAAAAGUGUACACAACAGUUAGAUAAGCUCACCAAUCUACUUCUUGAUAAAUUAUACAAUGCUUCCAGUCCCUCAAUUUUAUCCGAUCUCCUUAUUAGCAGAUUUAACUUACAGGACAAGUUGAACCAAUUUAUCCGUCGGAUUGACCCUGGUCAGAAAUUUCUAAAGCUUUUCAGCACCAAUAUGGGAAGGAACCUUGAUGAGUCACUUCCAAACCAUAUUGGGUGCUACUUUGGAGCGGUUUCAUCCUCUCCUGAAGUAGUGAAUAUGUUGGAGAAGGAAACUGAUACUUUGUUCAUCUUUGGGCACGCCAACAUGGAGACCAACACUGCAUCUUAUUCAAGCGAUUUUUCGGAAAUCAAGGACUACAUCGAGAUUAACCACGAUUACAUUUUGGUGGAUGGAAAGUAUCAUUUAAUCAAACAAGAGCACGGCAAUAGACUUUUCACGUUAGAGAACCUUCUCGACAACCUAAUUGAUAAUUUUGAUGAGUCCAGGUACGCCCAUUCUAUCCUUCCUGUCAACGUCACAUACAAAUACUUCCCCAAGCUCGCAGCCAUAACCAACAAUGAAAAAUAUAUCCAGCAGAACAAGCUCUUGGAUUUCGUCAAUGGGUAUCUCCAGGCAGGUGAUAUCCUAUUGAUUGAUGUGUGUGCAUUCGUCUUCGGAGCAGCUGAUCUCAAGCUUCCUCCGGGGUGUCAAUACAUAUCACAGUCCUUCUAUGCUUCUAUCGGGCAUUCCUUACCCACCUCUGUGGGGGUAUGUUUCGCAGUCAACGAUCUGGGACAAAACAGGCGAAUACUCGUCUUGGAAGGUGAUGGAUCAGCACAGAUGACUAUUCAGGAAUUAUCUGCGUUUGUGAGGUACGGUAGCCAGCUCAAGGUGAAGCCCCAAAUCUUCAUCAUGAACAACGAGGGCUACACCAUCGAGAGGACUAUCCAGGGGCCCCAGCGUAGCUAUAACGACAUUGCCCCAAACUGGCACUGGACUGGGCUAGUCAGGGCUUUUGGGGACCCGGAAGAGAAAUUUCACACAUCGUUGACAUUGAACAACGACUACGAGUUGGACAAGUAUAGAAUUCGCACAACCGACUGUGCGAAUCGGUUGGAGCUAGUCGAGUUGAAGAUGGACCAAAACGAUGUUUUGACCAAGUUGGUCAGGUUCUUGGAGAAAUGCAAGCAAUAG